CCUCACCUCCACAACACUCCUUUUUUUCUCAAGCGACUCUUUAUAUAAUUUUAAUCAAACCUAAUAUUUGCUUCCUCCACACUCUCCUGAUCAACUUUGGUUGUGGGGAAGCAGGUGUCUCUCUCACACCUCCUUCCUCCUCAUUCUCGAUCUCUCCGGCCAUGGCUUCCAACUUAUUUCUCAUUCUUGUGCUCGCAUCACUCUCAUCUUUAGCUCAUUCCCAGACCCCCCUCUCCGUCGAUUACUACGCCAAAACAUGUCCCAGGCUCGACCAAAUCAUACAAGAAACUGUCACCAACAAGCAGACGACUAACCCCGUCACCGCCGCCGCAACCCUCCGCAUUUUCUUCCAUGACUGCAUGGUCGACGGCUGUGACGCCUCCGUCCUGAUCGGCUCCGUACCCAAUGGCAAGGCCGAAAAAGAGAACGAUAUGAACGAGUCCCUGGCCGGGGACGGCUUUGACGUGGUGACCCGCGCCAAGACCGCCCUCGAGCUCGCCUGCCCCGGCGUCGUCUCCUGCGCAGACAUACUCGCUCUCACCACCCGUAACCUUGUCAAAAUGGUCGGGGGACCGUUCUACAACGUGUCACUAGGGCGAAAGGACGGCCUAGUCUCCGAUGCUAAGCGUGUCGAUGGAAACCUAGCUAGGGCAAACUUCUCGAUGGACACCAUGAUCAAGCAAUUCGAAGGUAAAGGGUUGAACGUUGAGGAUAUGGUGGCGUCGACCGGCGGGGGACACACCAUCGGCUUCUCUCACUGCAAGGAAUUCAGCGACAGGAUCUUUAACUUCAGCAAGACCGCGGAUAUCGAUCCAGCUCUUGAUCCUGCAUAUGCUGCGAGAUUGAAACAGCUGUGUGCUAACUACCAGAAAGAUGGGACCAUUGCAGCUUUCAAUGAUGUGAAGACACCGGGACAAUUCGACAACAUGUUCUUCAAGAACUUGUUCAAGGGAUGGGGGCUCUUGGCGUCCGACCAUUUACUGAUUGCUGAUCCCAGGACAAAGCCAUUAUGCGAAAAGUUCGCCAAAAGUGAGACUGAAUUCUUCCAGGCAUUUGCUAAGGCAAUGGUGAAGAUUAGUAUGAUUGGAAUCAAGACAGGAAAUGAUGGGGAAAUAAGGCACAGAUGCGAUAAGUUCAACACCAAGUAAUUAAGUGACAAUAUGGAUGUGAUAAGGAGGGAAUGAGAAGUUUUAUUUUAUUUUUUAUUUUUUGAUUUGCUUGAAAUUGUUUUUCAACCAUCUGAUUGGAGGUGGGAGAUGACAUGAUCGAUGUAUUGAGGUUGAUAAAUAGUCAUCAUGAUUAUAUAGUAUUAAUGCAUCAAUAUUAUUCGUAUUAUGGUUUAAAA